AUGAUCAAACUCGCAACUAGAAACUCAACACUGCAUCAAGUGUUUAAUGCUGUUACUAUUUCUCUGUCCCUGUUCCCUGUCCUCAAAGGUUGCAUGCUGUAUGGAUUCAGUGGAGGGCUUUUUGGUUUUGCCUCCUUCUGCACACUGGCAGUAAUCGCGUUUGGACGUUACUACGCAGUUGUGAAAAACUUCAACGAUCCAAGGAAACUGACUGGCAGAACUGUAUUGCUUAUAAUCAUCUUCGUUUGGCAAUGGUCAGCCUUGUGGCCCCUUUUGCCCUUUUUCGGGAUUGGAAGGUACGUCCUAGAAGGGUUUCUCACAGCAUGUACAUUUGACUAUGUAUCUGCCGACACAUCCAGUUUGAUUUUCGGUAUCAGUCUCUAUGUUGGCGGAUUUCUAUGCCCACUCGCCGUGAUCGUAUACGCUUACGUCGGCAUAAUCUGCUUUGUGAGGAAGACCGAGCGUCAGUUGUCAGUAUAUUCCACUGUUAGAGUAUCAGGUACCAAUAGACUACAAAUGAAAGCUUCAAAAUGGUCGGCCUUAUUAACACUACUAUACCUUUCUGCCUGGGGUCCUUAUGCUUUGAUUUGCGGGAUAUCCCUGCUAGGGUACCAGAAGCACCUGACGCCAUAUGUAACGGAAUUUCCCGGUCUAUUUGCCAAACUGGCUUCGAUUUACAAUCCCCUAAUCUACGUAUUCAGGCACUCGAGAACUCGUGCAAAGAAUGUGCAAGGAUGUCGCUUUUGUCGACGUACCAAAAGCAAAAUAUUCAAUACUGAAGGAAUGGAUUCGGCCCAUCAACAGACAUGA